UUGGAGAAAACUAGCAUGAACCUGAUGGAGAACCCUGUGCCCCAACCAGAGAAUCAUACCUGGAGUUGUUCCUGCACAGCCAGGGGAAGAUACAAGGGUCACCUCGGUGGAACUGCAACAGGGCUGGCAGCCAAAGUGGGUGAAAUGCUAAGUUCAUCUGUUUCCAGUUCUCCCCUGACCUUGGUGGGUCACACAGCGCGGCACCCGAGCAGCUCGAACAGUGACAGCAGCCCUGGUAGCAGCUUGAACUUAAGCAGGGACUUAGUGCAGCGCAGCCUGGUGCUUUUCGUGGUGGGCACUUUUCUUGCUCUGGUGCUGAACUUAUUGCAGAUCCAGAGGAACGUAACGCUGUUCCCUGAGGAAGUCAUCUCUACGAUCUUCUCCUCUGCCUGGUGGGUGCCCCCUUGCUGUGGGACAGCAGCAGCUGUUAUUGGUCUACUCUAUCCCUGCAUUGACAGCCAUCUUGGUGAACCUCACAAAUUCAAACGCGAAUGGGCAAGCGUAAUGCGAUGUAUUGCCGUCUUCGUGGGCAUUAACCAUGCAAGUGCUAAAUUGGAUUUUGCAAACAACAUCCAGCUCUCCCUGACCCUGGCAGCUUUGUCCCUAGGCCUCUGGUGGACGUUUGAUCGUUCAAGAAGUGGUCUUGGUCUUGGAAUUACGAUCGCUUUUGUAGCUACUCUGAUUACACAGUUUCUUGUCUAUAAUGGAGUUUAUCAGUAUACAUCCCCAGAUUUCCUUUAUAUCCGAUCUUGGCUGCCUUGUAUAUUUUUCUCAGGAGGUGUGACUGUAGGAAACAUAGGACGGCAACUUGCUAUGGGUGUUCCUCAGAAGCCUCACACUGACUAAACACCUGGAUCCAUACUGUCUUUGGGAAAGCAGAAUAAGGUUCAAGCUAGGAUUUUUCUUCUUGAAUAGCCAGUGUGAGCUCCCUGCACCUGGGAAGAAAAUAACUCACCAUAAAGUGGUCAAGAGCUUACCUUGAUUUAUUUCCGAGAAGUUUCUGAGUUUGACUGUUUGGUGGAAAAAGUUCAGCACAGACUUCAUGCACAGCAAGCCUGUUCUUAAUGGCUGUUCUCCCAGAGUCCUUGAAAUUGCUGCCCUUUUUCAAAGCCUUGAAGCAAUUCUUAAUUCUACAAGUACCCAAAGGACAGUUGCUUGGUAUAGCAUGGUGGAGUAGUAAAAUAGUAUUUCUCCAAGUAUCGUUCAUCAUAUGGUCACCUUUAAAACGAAGGGGACCGGAAUGAAAGAACCAUUGUUAUAUGAAGGAAUAAUGGGGCAGGCCCUAGAGAAGUUCUUUGCAGGCCCCCCUGUUGCGGCAAGGCUAGUCCAGGAAUUCUACAUUGAUUUAUGUCUUAAGCACCUGGCUUCUUGAGGUAGGGUGCAAACCAUCUUGAAAACCAACAGAAAGUCUGUCAGCUGCUCAGCUGUUUUAUGACUCCCGAUAUCACUUCUCCUCUUGGAAACACACAGCCAAAAUUUACUUUUGUUUCAAAAGAUAUGCCACUGGGUCUCUGUUAGAUGGAUCCUUAAGAACUUUACCAAGAAGUAUGCCCUCAUUAUGCUAUACCAGUGAAGAGGAGAACAUUUUUAUGGGAUACCUGUUGAGUGUUGGGAAUCUGGCAGGUUUCAGAGCUGAAACAGGACUUGCCAUGAAAGGAAGGGGGCAAGCUAAUAGUGUUACUUAAAGUCUCUUGUAAAUGAACUCUUGUCUGACGGUGCGUUUCUGAACAGAUCACUUUGUGUUCUUGUUUUUGCAAAUUUGCAGAACUUGCAAUCUGUGAUUGCUUUAUAAGGAAGAGUGCUAAUGUCACUGCAUUAAAUAUCGGGUGUUCUCAACUAGUUCCAUGGUGAGCACAAUAGUUAUUUUAAUACCAUAGACCACCACUGAUGUAAUGAGCAGAUGUUAGGUUUUCAAAUUUAAAGUGCAAUGUACAGUUGAAAGGAAUCUGAGCCUUGUAGUAUUCUCUUUAAUAUCUCCAGUGAACAAUGAACAUUAAAGAGAAAAAGUUUUGAACUUAUUUAAUGCUUCAUGAAAGCAAAAGUCAGCAAUAAUUUAACUAGUAUUGCUAGUUAGUGUCUUUUACUAAACCCUUUUGAAAAGGAAUACUCCACUCCUGUGGCUCUGAUACAAAAAUGAGCUUGUGCUACACCACCAUUCAACUUCAGGCACUUUUGUUUCCAGCCUUGUUCAGCUUCUAAUCCAAUCAGAAGGUUAUGUUUUAGACCAGGGAUAGCAAGUUGUGGAUUUCCAGAUAAUUGUUGAACCAGUUCUCAUCAUUUUUAACCAUGCUGUCUGGUGCAGAUGGGGACUGAGAGCCCAAAAACAUCUGUGAAAUCACUGGUUUCUCUGAGUGUUAGAUAAGCUGAAGAAUCUUCCCAGGAUUUUCCCCAAAGUGUCCCAAAACAGCAUUUCUCAAACUGUGGAUCCUUUUCCAACUUUAUUUUCUGACCUCCCCCACUGAACAGCUGUUUGAGAUAUGGGGACACAAAAUCCUUACAAAUAGCUCAAGUGAUGCAGCUGUGGGUGUAAGUGGACGAGGGCACUAACCUGCAGUAAUGUUAGAAGACUUGGACUCCCUUAAACUAACCAGUUCAUGGUGAAUGCAACACUGGAGGUGGUUUGCUUUGCUGCUCUGGGGAAGGUGACUCUACCUGAUAAAGAGUCGCUUUCUCGAAUUCUAGGUUCUUUUGCCAUCCUGGGGACAUUAAGCCUGAGAUGUCAGUGUAGAUUUCCUGUUUGAAGUAGAAAUUAAAUUCAGGUGCUGGGGAAAGCCUGCCACAAAGGGAAGGCUGGUUUUCUAGAUUCUAGAAUUAUUGUCUUAUUUUGGGCUGAACUAGAGAAGAAUUCUGAGAUUCCGUCUGCUAAUGUGCAUAGCAAAAAGCUUUCAGCACACAUCUACUCAGCAUGUUAAUGCAAUGGAGAAGGAAGGGAAGGCGAUAACUCCAGGACAGUUUCUCCUCUAGCUGCUCCUUAAAAAAGAAGUAAGCAGAAAGACAGAGUUCAAAGGCUAUAUAGGCGGAUCGGAAUAGGGUUAUGUUCCCCACUCCUUGGUUUGACUAGGAAAA